CCGCUAUACUCGUAUACAGAUUUCGCUGAGCGCCAGCAUGUAUGAAAAUGCAAUAGAUCCAUCCGGACCAUGAGGAAGCCCAUCAGAAUAUGCGGAACCGUCGAACGACGAAGAGUCGACGUUAGAAUUGGGGACCCUCUUCGAAGGGUCAACGAGUGCUCCAGGUCGGCAUGUUGUGGAGAUGGCGGACGAUAGUGGUGGUGAUAAUGUUCGGGUGCGUAAGGGGUGCCGACGAAAAUGAAGAAGUCGAUUUUUCUACCGUGGACGUCAGGAAGUUGGCUUCGAAAGUUUACGGAACAGAACUCCUUCUUCUGGAAAACAAUUACAGGGACCAAGGAGCAUACAAAUUCGAAGACUUUUUUUGGACAGGAUCUGGUGAAGGGCCAGACGAUGACCAAGGUUGGGGAUCCGAAGAAAAUCCGUCAACCAUUUACAAGACCACAACCGUUGUUACUACUGUGUUCAUCGAUUCACCAAAUUCUUUACUUAACGAGACUUCAAAGAACACUUCCAAAUGUUCAAUAGACUGUAUCACAACAUCAAGUGUACCUGAUGGUGAAAUUAAACCUAGUCCCACCUACACCAAUGAUUCCAUGGAAAAUGAGGAAGAUUUAUUUGACGCAGAUAGACAAUUCUGGUUGUUGACAGUAUUGAAAAGCGAUGGCACAGAUCCUGUGAUUAUUGAUCUCAAAAAUAGUUUAGCUAAGCUUUAUAAAACCGCUUUUCAAAGGCAACAAGAGAAGCAUCUCUUCAUCACAAACUCUAACAGAAAUAAACGUGAAAUUGAAGACAAACCUGUGAACGUAUACAUUCAUAAAGUUAACAAAACGAAACUAAACGGCGAUGAAAACAUCGAAGUUAUUUAUCAUGUUUCUGUCGCUGGUAAACCAGUAUCGGCAGUUGUUGCAGCUAAAGAUAUGAAUCUGGUUUCGGAUGAGGAAGUAAGGAGGGAAUUGGGGUAUCCUUUUUCUGUCAAAGCAGAACCUUAUCUAAAACCCAGCGAACCUCAAAGCCUAACCGGCGCAAAAAAUACUUGGUUGUUCAUCGGAGUCUUCAUAUUGGCCUUUUUGGUCUCGCUUUUGAUUUUGGCCUUUAUCUUGGGAUGUAAAAAGAAAAAGAAGAUUGGCACUCCUACGAACGUGGGAAUAGAGAAUCGCCAACACAUUUUUGAAAGAGGAGCUGGACACGACAACAAGGGAUAUACUAAAGAAGGCGAAAGAAAAGAUUCUCCUACUUAUAUUAAGUAUGAAGCUGGAUCAACAUUGCCUAGAACUGUCACUACAGUUGGUAGGCCUGCGAGCUCUAUAAGUUCGGUAUCUACGAGUUCUGGUAGUCUGGACAUUUCCCCUCUCAUGGCUAUCAAAAAACACCGUAGAACUCCUCCGAAGAAACCACCCAGGCCAAGAGCAGCCUUAAACAGAACAGUCCCCAUGGAGGUUCAAAGAUUUCCACCGGAGGUUUUCGAUUCAGAUAGUAGCAGAAAGGAAUCACCUGAUACCACGUACGGAGGAAAUUUUGAUCCAGGAGUUGUUAGUCCGAAAUCCUAUUUGUCGAUGCCGUCGGUGAAAUCAUUUCCCAGAGGGAGUAUGCCAGAACCUCUUAACAAGGUUUUGGAACCGGUUAGUGUUCACCAUUUGGACAUUCCUGAUGAUGAAGUGGGACACGAAGUUGACAGAAACGAGGUUUACAAAAGACUGGGUUUAGCCAGGCAUGGCAGUUUGGGAGCAGGCGAAGAUCCUGGAGUAAUUGGGCCCAUAGUCUGGAAUAUCCACAAGGAUAGAAUGCAACAUGGUGUUAGCGUUGAUGAAGGUAUUAACGAUUUAAACGUAUCAACAAACCUAACGAAGAUGAGGAAAAGAUUCCAUGACCUUCUAGAUGAUACGUUCAGUCUCUUUGGGAGCAGAAGAACUAGUCCUGUAGAUAAACAACAGCCUGAAAUAAGAAAUAUGCCUACAGAAGUUAAAAGUCAUUCUGCCAUUAAUAGGUCCGCAGAUAACUUGAAAGCACCAACCCCUAAACCCCGUCCAAGAACAACAGACCUUCGAAAGGUCGAUCAGCCUCCAGGCGGUGCUCGAAAGGGGGCUUGGUCUAGCGCAGCACCUUCACCUCUAGUUCGACCAUUAAGUGCCGGCAUUAUCAACCCUUAUCCCAGAGUGAACGUUGACCAUGUGCUAGCUGAGGGUAGCUUCAGAGCAAAUGAUCCUGCUGUAUCAUUAAUUGCCACUAUUAAAUCUGAGAUAGAGAGGAUUUCGCUUCCUGGUAGCACUACAGAUUUGAACAAUUAAUUGCAAGGUGUAAUUAGUGUUGGAUAAACUUUGUUGAACAAUGUUACAUAAACACUUAUGUUGUUAGUAUUUUUGGUUUUUAAAUUGUUAAAAUCAUUAAAAUAGAUAAUUCGUUAGAUCUGACGUACCUACAAAGUGUUAUUAUACAAGGUGUCCAGAUAAAAAUUUACUAGAGCUAUUAUCAGGAACUGCGUCUACAUUUUAAACAAA